AUGUCCAAGGCUGCAGACGAUUUGUCCGUCUACGAGGCGUCCCCUCCUAAUGACAAGAUCCUCGCCUUUGCCAAGUCGGCUACCGACAAGGAGCACAAGAUGACCCUGAUGCAGGGCAUCAAGACGUAUCCCAAGGCCAUCUUCUGGAGCAUGCUGAUCUCCACCUGCAUAGUCAUGGAGGGUUACGACGUGUGCCUUAUCAACAACUUCUACGCCUUUGACCAGUUCAACAAGAAGUACGGCACCCAGCUCGCCGACGGCACCUAUCAGAUCUCGGCCGCAUGGCAGUCUGGCCUCAGCAACGGCGCCAACGUCGGUGAGCUGAUCGGCCUGCUCCUCAACGGCUUCGUGUCGGAACGCUUCGGCUACAGGUGGACCGUCAUCGGCUGCCUGGGCCUCGUCGCCUGUUGGACCGCCCUGUUCUUUACUGCCCAGAACGUCCAGACUCUUCUCGCGGCCGAGAUCCUGUGCGGCAUCCCCUGGGGCGUCUUCCAGACCCUCACCAUCACCUACGCCUCCGAGGUGUGCCCUGUGUCCAUGCGCGGUUAUCUGACGACCUACGUGAACUUCUGCUGGGGCCUCGGGCAGGAGAUUGGCAUCGGUGUCAUCAUGGGCAUGCUCAAGCGUGACGACCAGUGGGCCUACCGCAUCCCGUACGCCCUGCAGUGGAUGUGGCCUGUACCGCUCGCCAUUGGCAUCUUCUUUGCCCCCGAGUCGCCCUGGUGGCUGGUCCGCAAGGGCCGCACCGAGGAUGCCAAGAGGUCGCUCCUGCGCCUGACCAGCAAGCACGACGAGUCCGACUUUGACGCCGACGAGACCAUUGCCAUGAUGGUGCACACGACCGCCAUGGAGGAGCGGACCACGAGCGGCGCCAGCUACCUCGACUGCUUCAGGGGCCACGACCUGCGCCGCACCGAGAUCGUGUGCAUGGUCUGGGCCAUCCAGAACCUCUCGGGCAACUCCUUCUCCAACUACUCAACCUACUUCCUCGAGCAGGCCGGCCUCGGCGAGAACUCGGCGUACGGCUUCGCCCUCGGCCAGUACGGCAUGAACAUGGUCGGCGUCUUUGGCGCCUGGUUCCUCAUGACCCUGGGCAUCGGCCGCCGCUCUUUGUAUCUGUACGGCCUGUGUGGCCUGUGCACCAUGCUUUUCAUCCUCGGCUUCCUGGGUCUCGUGCCCGACGCCCACAGGGACCAGGCCUCCAUCGCCACCGGCUCCAUCAUGCUGGGCUGGGCCCUGUGCUACCAGCUCACCGUCGGUACCGUGUGUUACUCUCUGGUCGCCGAGGUCUCGUCCCGCCGCCUGCAGAUCAAGACGGUCGUCCUGGGCCGUGUGCUGUACAUUAUUGUCGGGAUUGUGUGCAGCGUCCUCACCCCUUAUAUGCUGAACCCAACCGCAUGGAACUGGAGCAACUUUGCUGGCUUUUUCUGGGGCGGUAUUUGCUUCCUGUGCAUCAUCUACACCUAUUUCCGCGUCCCCGAGCCCACCGGUCGCACCUUUGCAGAGCUCGACAUGCUCUUUGAACAGGGUGUCUCGGCGCGCAAGUUUGCCACUGCCAAGGUCGAUGCCUUUGAGGGAAGCGUUGCAGGCAGCGUCAUGGACAAUUACAAGGACGCUCUCGACGCGAAGCACCUGGAGAGGAUGAGCCAGGGCUCAUGAGAAAGUGGCAACAAGAACAGCCCAAAGAGACCAAGGUUGCAAAGUAGGGGUUGGGCAUGUGCGGUCUUCUUUUUCCAGGCAAGACUGCAUGCGUGUUUAGCGAGCAUGAGAUGUUGUAGAUGAUAAUGAUAAUAUAUACAUACAUAU